GUCUAUAACACCUUGACUUAUAAUCAAGAGUGGAAAGGCAACGAUGGGUAUCUUGCUUUCCUUACCCAUUCUGGGCUCCUUAGGCGGAAUCGCUACCUCUGCUUUGGCUGGGUUAGCCUUCUGCUUCACGUCGCAUGCAGCAUCUAUGUUCUGUAAAUCAUGCAAUUGCAACUCGUCUAUUGCAACUCGUGUCGGAUUUGCUAUGAUAUUUGCGUUGAACUCGAUGCUUGCAUGGCUUAUGAAGACGCCGUUCAUGGUAGACAACAUCGCGAAAUGGAGCUAUGAUUAUAUCAAGAUGGACUGUGCAGAUGAUAAGUGCUACGGUGUUUUAGCGGUCCAUCGUAUCUGUUUCGCAUUGUCUCUACUGCAUCUCAUCCUCAGUCUCGCUUUGGUUGGAGUAAGAGACACUCGAGAUAAACGGGCUGCUAUCCAAAAUGGCUGGUGGGGUCCAAAGGUCCUUCUCUGGCUGGUACUAGUCGUGGUCUCAUUCUUCAUACCCAACGGCUUUUUCAUCUUCUGGGGAAAUUACAUAUCCCUCAUCGGCGCCACAAUAUUCAUACUCCUCGGUCUCGUCCUCCUCGUCGACUUCGCACACUCUUGGUCCGAAACGUGCCUGGAGAACUGGGAAGCCUCGAGCUCGUCAAAUAUGUGGCAGUGGAUUCUCAUCGGUUCCACCGCAGGAAUGUACGCUGCCACGAUCGCUUUGACGGGUGUGAUGUUCGCGUUUUUCGCCGGGUCGGGAUGCACGUUGAAUCGGUUCUUCAUCUCGUUCAACCUCGCACUCUGCAUCCUCAUCACCAUCAUAUGUGUCAAUCCUACCGUCCAAGAACAUAAUCCCCGCUCCGGCCUCGCUCAAAGCGCAAUGGUGGCGGCAUACUGCACCUACCUCAUCAUGUCCGCCAUCGGCAACCACUCGCACGAGACCUGUAAUCCUCUUCGGUCAGGUACGGCAAGUGGAACGAGAACGACUGCAGUCGUACUAGGAGCCGUGUUUACGUUCUUGGCCAUUGCGUAUUCCACCUCGAGAGCGGCGACACAGAGUAGGGCGUUGGUGGGGAAGAGGAAGUAUGGGGCUGUGGCGUUAGGUGGCGAUGCGGAUGAGGGGCAUGAGGUUAGUGUGGUGAGUACACAGCCAGGAAAGACUGAGACGCCGAGAUAUCAGGCGUUAUUGGCCGCUGUUGAAGCUGGCGCUAUCCCUGCGUCGGCGCUGAACGAGGAGGAGGAUGAAGAGGACGACGAGGCUGUCGGUGAGAUGCGAGAUGAUGAGCGUUCUGGGACACGAUACAAUUACUCCUGGUUCCACAUUAUCUUCGCCAUCGGCGCCAUGUAUGUUGCCAUGCUACUCACCGACUGGAACGUGAUGAAGACAGGCGGUACCACCUCCGAAGGCGAAGACGUCUACAUCGGUCGCUCCGAGACCGCGAUGUGGAUGCGCAUCGUCAGUUCGUGGGUCUGCAUGCUAUUGUACAUCUGGAGCCUUAUUGCACCAGUGUUGAUGCCUGAUCGGUUCUCUGAUAUCUGAGUGGAUGUCAAGUUUUAAUUUGGAUCUGAGAGGCUUUGAUUUGUAUUUCAGGAUUGUUUGGUUUUGAUCUGGACUAUCGUAUCGUCUUUCGCGGCUGUUCAUUAUAAUUGGUGGUGUAUGAGUAUUUUCCAUGCCG